GCGUAUGCACAAUCACACACGAUUCAAGGUAAUACAGGGUUGAUAUUGUGAAUGUGCAUGCGGGCUGUGUGAACACACGUACAUUUAUAUAGAAAUGCAACAGUGUCCAGUUAUAUGAUACAAUAGCGUGUUACCCAAACACCCUGGAACCCAGGACAACGCUCACUCUCAUCUUACAAGCAGGGGCCGCCGUGCGGUUGCCUUCUGUUUUUACGAAACUCGGGAGUGUCUGCUUGGCCUUAAGGCGCGCCCUGCGCCGUAGACGGGCUGCGCAUUCGUCGAGGGAGACAACACAGAAACGCAUAGGUAGCAGGACAAUGGGCACGUAGACGGAACAGGGAAAUCCUCCCUGUGACAGUUUAUUGGGUAACUAUCUAACUGAGUUCAGAUACGAUGAUGAGUCGGGUCCGACCUGGCUACUGCCGCCAGGAGGUGAACAAAACCACAUGGGAGGUACCAGAACGGUACCGUGAACUGACUCAGGUGGGGACGGGAGCUUACGGGACUGUUUGCUCGGCGCUGGACUUUAGGACAGGCACCAAGGUGGCCAUUAAGAAGCUCCACAGACCCUUCCAGUCAGAGCUGUUUGCUAAGAGAGCUUACAGGGAGCUGCGUCUGCUCAAACACAUGAAGCAUGACAACGUGAUUGGACUACUAGAUGUGUUUACAGCUAACCUGUCAUUGGAUAGAUUCCUGGACUUUUACCUGGUUAUGCCCUUCAUGGGUACAGACCUGGGGAAGCUGAUGAAAAUGGAGAGACUGUCUGAAGAGAAGGUCCAGUACCUUGUCUACCAGAUGCUGAAGGGCCUCAAGUACAUCCAUUCAGCUGGGAUCAUCCACAGGGAUCUCAAACCAGGAAACCUGGCCAUCAACCAGGAGUGUGAACUCAAGAUCCUGGACUUUGGCCUGGCUCGGCAGACAGACAGUGAGAUGACUGGGUACGUGGUGACGCGCUGGUACAGAGCCCCUGAGGUCAUUCUCAGUUGGAUGCACUACACCCAGACUGUGGACAUGUGGUCAGUGGGCUGCAUCAUGGCAGAGAUGCUCCUGGGGAAGCCGCUGUUUAAAGGAAACGACCACCUGGAUCAGCUGACAGAGAUCAUGAAAAUUACAGGGACGCCAACUCAGGAGUUCAUCACCAAGAUGAAGUCUCAGGACGCUAAGAACUACAUCAAAAGUCUCCCCAAAGCCCCAAAGAAAGACCUUCAGCAGCUCUUUCUCAAAGCCAAGCCUCAGGCGGUGAAUGUGCUGGAGCGUAUGCUGCUGUUGGACCCAGACAGGCGUGUGACGGCGGCAGAGGCCCUGGGCCUUCCCUACUUCUCCGAGUUCAGGGAGCCAGAGGAGGAGACGGAGGCCCAGCCCUACGACACGUCCUUGGACAACACAGAGCUGCCCCUGGAGCAGUGGAAACGUCACACGUACACAGAGAUCCUGGCUUUCCAGCCUGUGGUGGUCGAGCCCAAAGAAACCUCACUGUGAGAGGAGCCGGUCUGUGGUAUCAACCCCCACCACCCUCACAUAGCCAUAAUACCAGUCAUCAUCCGCUGUGGGAACCCUUCCUAUGUGUGUGUACCGUACUGUACAUGUGCUUGUGUGUGUAUGUGUUCACUGUAUCUGUGUGUAUCAGUCUCCACUGCUCAGUGACAAGUCUGUUUUUGAUGGCUUGGUUGUCCUUACCACAGGACAUGUGACAUCUGUGUGUGUUCUAUAUAGAACACAUCUGUGUCUGUUCUAUAUAGAACACAUCUGUGUGUGUUCUAUCUGUGUGACCCUUCUCCUUGAAGUGUAGCUCCUCUCAUGGCCUUAAUGAAAGAACUAAACUGCCUGACAAUAAUAUGAAAUACUCCUGGGUGGAGUCAGAUGGCUGAGCGGUUAGGGAAUCAGGCUAGUAAUCAGAAGGUCGCUGGUUUGAUUCCCGGCUGUGCC